AUGGCGACUUCCAUUCCUUUGCAGCUAUUUCCCUCGACCGCAACUCAUCCACCACCACGAACUACCAGCCUGAGGAACAGGCCGCAGCCGGUCUGCGUACAGCCGAAAGAAGGAGAGCUGAAAGGCCUCGCCUUGCAAAUCACGACCAGCCCGAAGACAUCGCCACGCAUCCACCCUUCAGCAAACACGUUCAAGCACUCACUCUUUUGCGAGCCUCCGACCUCGCCUGACUUCGUAAAACGGACCAGUCCGUUCUUGCCUCAACGUCGGCAUGCUCGCCGAUCCUUGACCAGGCCAGCAUCUCUGAUGGGACGAAGUCCAGAUUCGUUCCAGAUCACCACUGACUUGCAACAUCUCAAUGAGCAAGACGAGCUCCGACCUUUACCGGUCAACGUCGAUUUCGGUGGUGGUAGCAAGGUACACCGCAGUCCUUCGAAGCGCCUUAGGCAAUCGCCCGUCCUCGAUAGCCCUACGCCCUCAAUUACUCAAGCAACCGAGCACCUUGUGACGGAUGGUGACCAGCUCUCACCUUUGCCCGAGAAGACAAGGUUCUUGCCCGCCUCUCCAAGAUCGUCCGAGUUCCCGACAUCACGGCAAGGCUCGUCAGAUCUAUCGCAGCUCAACAGAUCGACAGAUCAGAAGACCAGCAGCACAACUCAUGGCUCCCCGCCGUUUCCAGAGAACAGGUCCAUCUUUCCGCAGUACGACUCAGCUAAACCCUUGGUCCAGCAGAACUAUUAUCCCACAGACCGAGCUUAUGCUCAAGCCUUACCAAGCGACAAGAUUAGCAAGUUCGGCAACCCUGUCGAGCGACCACUUGUUCAGCGCUUCGACUCUGCUGUGAAUCUGGUCAAUGGGUAUGAGCAUAUACCAUAUGCCGAUAAUAGCGAUGUACUGUCGCUCAACAAGGCAUCAGAUGGCCACUUCCCAGUCGCUGGCAGGAAAGUGCAGAUUCGCUUGUACCAGCCAAGCAGUCAAGGUACUUCUCUGGUCGUGGGUCUUGCAGCAGACCAGCCGAUCUUCUCGUUGGUCAAGGCGAGUCCAAUAUCUCCAUCGCAGAAAGGACAAGACGUGAGGUGUUGGGCUGUGGAGAGGCUCAAUCCGACAACGAACAUUCCCCAGACAGUGACCCAGCUCGCUGUCGACUGUACCACGACUCCAGAAACCAAGUGUGAUGCUCACAUCACGACUAUUUUCCCGCAAGUGGCGGCCUACCAAGCUGUACAGAGCGCUGCGAACUCACCAGAGGCUAUGGCUAUUGCAACCUUUGACCCGGCGGCCACAUCUCCAGAAGCUGCACGGCUCGCACAAGCUGCCAUCGCCUUUGCACAGCAAAGAUAUGGUUGCAACCUCACGCGUACUACAAGGAAGAGGGACAGCUUGGGCGCAGUCAUCGCGUCUUACAAUCUAGACCAUCCCGUGCUUGGCACAAUGGUCAUUACCGUCACCAAGUCUUACAAGUCCGCUACCUCACGCGAGCCACGUGCCAAGAUCGGCAUACAUCAUCCUUCUGCAACACCAGCCGCCAUAGCCGCAGAGAACUUAGUUCUCGCCUUCCUCGACUUCGCACGCGAUACCUGUGUAUUGGACCUACCUGCUCUUCUCGCAUUGGACAGCGCCUAUAUGGUCGACACGGCGAUCAGUGCCUUGUUCGCCGUCGCCGCGAUCGAGAACACCAUGGUACAAACAGAAGCCAUCACGUUCGCACCACCACCAAAAUCACCCUACGCGGCGAAUGACAAGGCAAGCAAGAAAGCUCUGGCAAAAGCCAAGAAGUCUUCACGAUGGUCGAAGCGUUCGUCUCGUGUCAUUGACAGCGUGUCGAAAGAGUUGGUUGGUCAGCCAGCAGAUGUCGGCAAGCCAGUACAAGGUGCUGUUGCAGUCAUAGGUUUCGGACUGAAAGCUGCGAUCUACAUGCUCGAAGCUGGUGUCAAGGUUGGGGUUAAGGUUGUCAAUCAUUUAGCCAGUAGCAGAUAG